AUGGCUGCCAUGUCCCCAUCCAGCUCUCCGCGGCUGCCCAGCCCGCCGCCAAUCGCCGAAGACCAGCUUGGCCCCAAGUCACCGAUCGCCGAGGAGAGCAGCGAAGGAGCGCCUGUUGCCGUCGAUCACGGAGCUUCGCGAAGGAUACGGCCAGGGACCAAGGCUGCCGAUAUGGCUGAAGGACCACCGCCUCUUGAGCUGAAAGAUAUAGAAUCCGCCUUCCAGCUGAUGGAAUACCUCAAGGCCCAACAUUACGCCGCGACGCAUCCCUCCGAUUCCGCCAACUCCAUACCGCUUGACCGCGAGGCUGCCAUCAAGCUUUCGACACCGCCAGAUGGCGUCGAACGCUCCCUAUGGCUUUACGAACUUUGCCGUUUCCUGACUGAACAUGCCAACUCCAUUCUCAUUGCCCUAUUCGCCGAUGAUCCGCCCUGCUCAGCGCAGACGUGCCCGGAGAUGCGUGCCUCAGAAUGGCAAUACCUGUGCGCAGUCCACGACCCGCCAAAGUCUUGCUGUGCCGUCGACUACUGCUGCCAUACGCUCGACUGGGCGGCCAACACGCUUACAUCUCCGAAAAACUUUCCUAGCCGUUUAGCGCUGGGGACUGAGACCAGCACCGCGCAUCAGCAGAUACGGCAGCUCACAAACGUAUUUCGCCGCGUUUACCGUAUAUUUGCGCACGCAUGGUUUCAGCACAGAGACAUGUUUUGGAAAGUGGAGAACAAAACAGGGCUGUAUUCAUUCUUCAAGGUUGUCUGCGACAUUUACAGUCUAAUUCCAAGCGACAACUACACUAUUCCUCCAGAAGCGGAAGGAAUUGAGGCCACCCUUGUCGAGGCACAAUCUCCUCCGACAAUACUUAAGAAAGAAGCCAAAGAGGCCGAAAGCGAUACUGAUGUUGCUGGCAAUACUACUAUGGUCACUGGGAACACCACGAAAAGACAUAGACACACUCCUUCCGCGACUGUGCAACCAGUCACCACGGUUAUUACUGAGGAGAAUGAAGAUGAGGAAGAGCAGGCGGAUAAGGGCGAGGAAAAGGCGGGCGACGAAGCCAAGGAGGAGCCAGCGUCUGGUGAAGAAGCUAGUGGGUCUUCCAGCAUUGAAGAGCAACCAGCCACCGAAAAGCCAGCGGAAACUGAAGAACCUUCCGCAGCCGCCAACGAGGAAGACGUACUCGACAUGGAGGUAUCUGAAAUCGCCCAAGAAGCCGCGUCAGAAGAAGCACCCCGGGAAGUGGUAGCUGCACCGGCCGAGAUAUCAGAAGAAAGGCGCGAGGAAACGGAAGCAGAGCAGGGAAACAAGGAUGCAAACAAGGGGAGUGAUGAAUCUGAUAACAAGGAGGUGGAGAAAGCCGAAGAGGAAAAGGUUGGAGACGAAGCGAAGCCGGAGGAAGACCCCAAGAAGGUUGGAGAGAGCCCUGCGGCUGAGGGAGAAGAGGCAACCAAAACGGCGCGCCAAGACCUUGCCGCAUCACCACCGCCCAUUCCAAGUACCAACGCAUCCCCAAGCCGCCAUCAACACCAAACCCAAAUCUGA